AUGAUCAGCUCAAGACUUUUCCUCGGAUUUUCGCUUAUUUUUGCGCUGAUGAUGAUCGUUUAUCAACGAAUGAGUAUCGUCAAUUUACAGAAAUCUCUAGACGAAACGCCGCGUGGCCGUCGCUCGUUGUACAGUUCGGAGAAUGAAAUCAGAGAUGAUUAUUUGCCAAUUUAUGCUGAAAUGACUAAAUCCCAACUGAAACACUUAUGCGAAAAGCAUUCGAUAACGAUCGGUUUUGAGGCAAAGAAACACCGAAAAAAGUCGCAUUCGGAUAGAAAACAUUGUCAAGUGGACGUGUCAAUGACCGCACCUCGACUUGUCACAAAACGACCGCAUUCGAUUGGAGCCGCGCUAAGGGAUGGGAAAUAUUGGUUCGUUUUCGAGUACCAUUUGGGCUACACAUUGCUCGUUUAUCACAACGAAUCUGCUCUGGUUGAUAGUAUGCCAUCGAAAAUUUUCACUUUACCGUAUCCAUUUCAUGGUACUGAUGCCACCGUGCACAAUCGAACGGUCGUUUACCUAUUCGGCGAGUCGUUGAUCGCUCAUCAUCUUGAGACGAAAACGACUAGACAUCACGCGAUCAAUGCAUCGCAUGAUCCACUCUAUGGUGGCUCAACUUCGAGGAUCGAUGCCGGUGCCGAUGAGCAUGGGCUUUGGAUCAAAAUGGAUGCAAGCGAUUGGUGCAAUUCGUUUGUCCGUUGCGGUACGCUUUUCUCAGUGAAAUGCAUAGAAAACUCGACGAUCUCAAUCGAGCCGAUCUUUGAUUUUUACAAGAAUCGCCUAAUGAGCGAUGGAAGGAAAUAUACAUGGCAAGUCGAUCACGAAACGAAAGCCGGUCUUGGCAGCGCCCAAUUCGAUCCACACUCCCGAACAUUGAACAUUUUCGCGCAAGGCCACGUGUUUUCCUCUCAAUUCGGUCGC